GGCUUGACUUCAAAAUUUAUGGCUGCUCGAAGUUUCACUCAAAUUAAAAUAAAAUCCUCCCAAAAUGGUCAACAAAAUCGACUCCAACGACCACGAGCCCACGGACAAGAAGCGCAGGAAUUCGACCUAAGUGGCGGAACCGUCCUGACGAAGCUCCAAGAAGGAAAUCUAUACACGAACAUGGUUGCUUUCGAGGAGCAGAAAGCGGCCAAACGCAGUCCGGAUUCCGACUCGAAACUGUUUCACGCGACCUGUGAUGAGCUUGACGAGAUUGUGACGCUGAAGAAGGAGGGAGCGGCGUCGGAGGAGGUUCAGGGAAGAUUGCGGAGAAGCGGAUCGAGGGUUUGUUAGCGAGGAACCAACGGCGGCUGUGUUGAAAAUUUUGUAACUGUAGGAUGCGAAAAUUAUGAAUGAAAAAUAAGAUGCUGAGAAAAAAAUUAAGUCGCGAAAUAAAGUUGAAAAAUUGGAAAUUGGAAAAA